AUGUCGGAAAUCCUCCCCUACAGCGAGGACAAGAUGGGCCGCUUCGGCGCCGACCCGGAGGGCUCAGAUCUCUCCUUCAGCUGCCGCCUCCAGGAUACCAACUCCUUCUUUGCGGGCAAUCAAGCCAAACGGCCCCCUAAGCUGGGCCAGAUCGGCCGGGCCAAGAGAGUGGUGAUCGAGGAUGACCGGAUAGAUGACGUGCUGAAGGGAAUGGGGGAGAAGCCGCCGUCGGGAGUGUAG